AGCUCCACUAAAGGUGUCAAUAUGACCUCUGGACAGGCCGCGUCGCAUUUGGCUGUGUUACAGCAUCAACUGGAACUAAAAAUCGAAGCCAAAUUGAAGUUCUCACAGUUCCUGGAUGAAGUGAGCAGCCGAGUCCUUUGCCCUACCAACCUGUUCGUGUUGUCCAAGCAGACUGAAUCCUCCAGGUCUAACUCUUCCAUCUCCAGUCACAGUGGCAAGUCCAGGAUCCUAGACCCUCAACAGCAGCCGGGGGACGUGGACUUUUCUCAGAGCCCAGAUCAGCUGAAGAGCAUCCAGUCCGUGGAUGGGAUGCAGGAAGAACAAGGUGCUCCAGAGACUCUAGAAAAAGCCUACCUGGAGACGGACAUCGACUGUGUGCGAAGAGAGGAUGAGAUAAAGGAAGUGAAGACUAAGAAAGAGACGGCCAUCACAUUUGAGAGCAACGAGAGAAAAGAAGUUAAGACUACUACAGAAUGUCUUCCAAACCCCAUCCAGAGAAUCAGACCUUUGAGCCCGCUGCUCUACAGAGAGGAAACCCCCACUAGAUAUCCUUGCCGAUCAGUUUCCCUUCCCAGGGACAUCAACAUGGCUCCUGAUGAGGAGAUGCAGACCAUAAGCUCUCUGCAGGAACAAAAAGAAGACCUGCGCAAACGUCUCUCCUACACCACUCAUAAGCUGGAGCUUUUAGAGCGCGAGUUUGAUUCCACGAGGCAGUACCUGGAGACCGAGCUGCGCCGAGCCCAGGAGGAGCUUGACAAGUUCACCGACAAAUUACGCCGAAUACAGAGCAGUUACUCGGCACUGCAGAGGAUCAACCAGGACUUAGAGGAUAAAAUCCACCAAAAUUCACAGCACCACGAUGAUGAGAAACGGGCUCUUAGCAGAGAAAUCAUCGUCCUUAACAAUCAUCUCAUGGAAGCUAAGAUGACCAUUGAGAAACUGAGAGAGGACAAUGACUUGUACAGAAAGGACUGUAACCUGGCUGCACAGCUCUUGCAGUGUAAUAAGUCACAUUACAGAGCCCAGUUAUCUGAGUUGCCUGCAGAGUUUCAGGAGCGUGUAAGCUUGCACAUGGAGGGUUCUUCUCUCUGCCAUUCCCCGUAUGCCGACACAGUGCCUGCCUCUGUCAUUGCUAAGGUCCUGGAGAAACCAGAUGAGGUCUGCGGCAGUCAAGCCUCUCGCUCACCCAGCCCACAACCCAAGGAACGCCAGGGAUUCCUUGUGGGCACAAGCCUUGUGGGUAGCACUGAGCGCCUUGGCCUCCGAGCUACUUACAAGUCAGACCUACAUAGCAGUGACACAGCACUUUAUUGCCCUGAUGAACGGAGACGAGAGCGCAGACCCAGCAUGGACCUCCAUGGACAGCGGAAAGGGUAUGAACCCCAGAACUCCACUGACAGCAACCCAGAAGAGGGAUCCAUGUCCCUGCAGCCUGGCUUCUCCCAGGACUUCAGAAAGUUUACAACCUCUCUGGGAGGAGGUUCUAGCUCUUACUCAAGUUUUAGUGGAGGAGGAUCAGAGGACAAGGGUCAGGAUCCUCCAAGCAGUGCUGCAUCUUCUCCGCGCCACCAAGCUCUUUACAUGGACUGGAGGGAUGGAGGUGAAUACGAGCACAAGAGUGACUCUUCCUGGGAGAGGGAGAGUCCAAGCGCCUUUACGAAGGCCCACACUUUUCAACAGCCUGAGUCUAGCCACCAUCAGAAUGGAAGCUCACCCAUUUACAGCAGAACAAUGUCUUCCUGUUACAGUGAACCUUAUGAGCCCCUGCCACCUUCCACCUCCCCCAGCAUCACCUAUGGUGACAGUCGCCGUGGAAGUGCUUUUAAUCCUGAGGAAGAAGAGCUGAUUGGUCGUUGGAGGCAACUGAGUGUGGAGGACCUGAGUGCCCACUCAUACCGUAGUCCCGGCCGGGCAUCACCCUACAGCUUCUCUGAGCAGCACUUCUCAGUCCGGCCUGCAAAAAUCCGUCUUGGUCCUCUCUACAGUAGCUUUCAGGAAGGUACUGAUGUAUACCACCAUCAUGCCGGGGUAGUAGAUCCCUUCUCUAGCCCCAGCCCUGAUUGCAGCCCAGGCUUACGGCAGCAGCAAAGCCAACCUCACCUUUACCACUCCAAGGAGGACAGCCAAGAGUCUGAGCACAGCCUCUACAGCCCCAAGGAUGGUGGGGUGGCAGCUGGGGGCCAGGCAACAGAGUAUGUUGACGUAAGUCCCAACAGUUCAAAUGAGUCACUGGACCAUGGAUCUCUGGAGAUGGCUGCUGAGCUGCAGCAUUACCAACCAGAGAGGCACAGCAUGUCCCCUCAGGGAACCACUCCACCACCUCCUCCACAACAACCGUACCAAAAAUUUGGCACACUAGGACUGUCAAGAAAGGACAGUCUCACCAAGGCACAGCUCUAUGGUACUCUACUAAACUGAGAGCAGAGUUUCCUGGUAACUCUCUUUCACAGCUCUGUAGUACUCUACUAAACUAAGAGCAGGGUUUCCUAGUUACUCUCUUUUGUCAGUAGGUUUUGAAUGUUAAGCUACAGUUUGAGCCAAACAUUUGAUGGGAUUUUCUCUUGAAUAUUUUCAGUCCAUAAGCUCUCUUAUCUUUUUUCUCCCUCUAUUUCUGUAUCUGUUACAGUGUUUUCUAAACAUUGAACAUAAUUUGCUCAUGUUCCUACAGUUAAUAUAAAGCUCUAACACUCAGCACUAUUUGUAUAGCCUAUUUUGAAAGUUUAUUAAUAGUUCUGUGUGGUUUUUGGAAAGUAUUUUAAGUACAUUAGAUGCAUUAUUAAUUUUUGGAAACUUGUCUGCAGAGAGAGAGAGAGAGAGAGAGAGAGAGAGAGAGAGAGAGAGAGAGAGAGAGAGAGAGAGAGAGAGAGAGAGAGAGAGAGAAAGACAGACAGAGAGAGAGAGAGAGAGA